AUGCUCGCGACCUCGUCUCACUGCGUCGCUCCUGGGGUUAACGGCUUUGCGCUGCCUCAGUUGAAGCGCAAGCGAUCUGACUCUAGCGAUUCAACUACGACUCGAGACGCACCGGUCGCAACAAAGCUUCGGGUAGACGAUGCGCCUCCAAAGCACAUCACGCAGCAGCGCUCCUCUGCGCCGUCCGCACCCGCUGCGCAAUCUAUGCCUUCGACGGCGAAAGACGAAGCAGGCAGUACGUCAACGGAACAUUUGAGCGAUCAGGCUUCCGGACACACCCAGAAUCCGCCACCCUCGUUGCCUAGUGAGGGUAGUUCUCAUCCUUCAGCUCCUUCAGGCGACGACCAGAAGGCUGCAGUGCGCAAGGUCAAUGUAAACAGGCUGCGCGAAACGCUCGAAGCUCAGCUGAGCCUCGAAGUACUGCUGAAGCAUAAUGAACUUCGGCUCAUCGAUCAAGAGAUUGCCAAAUGCCAAGUCGCGUUAGAACAACUGCGCCGAUGCGCAGAAGUACCUUAUCCCGGAUCGCAGGCUGCUGGUCCUUCGCUGUCUGUCAGUAAUGGAACAGGUAUGUCGGUGUGGGCGCCUGGAAAUGGACCUGCACCGCUCUCUCUGGCGCCUUGGGGUGUCACAAAUGGCCCAUACACGCGUCACUACUCUCGAUGGUUACUGCCGGAUCCUCGUUUCGAUGGUGGUGAGGUUGAACCAAUGACACCAAUGGGCAUGGGCGCGACAACUCCUGUGGAAGGCCGUUCAACGCGCGGCAACCCCAUCGAUACUGGCUAUCUUGCUGGCAAGUCGACGAGACCGCAACGGGGAUCAACUGGGACAAAGCUUCAAUCUUUGCCCAGCGGCUACCCGGCUCCAAAGGAACGAGCUGGCCCCAUGAUUAUUCGACGAAAGUCGGAUGGUGUUCUUGUCAAGUUAGUUUGCCUGGAUUGCCGGAGAGACAACUUUUCCAGCACUCAGGGCUUCAUUAAUCACUGUCGCAUCGCCCAUAACCGCAAUUUCGCGAGUCAUGACGCUGCCGCAAUGGCCUCUGGAGAGCCCGUCGAGGUGGAUGACGCUGGUGCCGUCGUCGGUGGCAAGAAUGAACCUUCCACCGGCCUAACACCAGGCUUUGUCCAUCCCUUGAUCCGCUCUGCUCAUGUUAUCGAAUCGACGCCUAGAAAGCCCUUGACGCCUGGACCAUCGGAUGCGGAAGCUGGGAAGCGGUCAUCAAUGGUGGAAACACCUCGUAUUUUGUCCCACAAACCAAUAGGGCCAAAGACCCCUGUGGCGAAAGUCACAAGCGAUGCCUUUACAGCCUCAGAGGACACCCCUCACCUAUCGUCUUUGAUGAAACUGCGAGGCGUCGGCCUCGACCUUGGUCAAUUGGUUGGUGAAGCUAAGGCCGUGGUUGACUUGGACGGAUACUCUUCCGAGGAGGGUGACUCCGAACCCGAACCGAAAGCGCCGUCUGCGGAGGCGAAACCCAGCAAACCGCUCGCAACUCGCGCUGGGCGACAACCCAUGAGAACCACAGCUUCGCAGACAGCGUCCGAGCGCCCUGACGGUCACAAGGGCAUCGAAAGACCCGGGCAUCAGCCUCUUGCAUUGGAGACGCUGACGCCUACUCGGCCGACGGUACCGUAUCAGUCCCCUUAUGCGCCAACAGGGCCUCAAUUGAAUGAGUUGCGGGAAAUAGAUCUGAGUCCGAACACCGUUGAGUCAAAUCAAGCUCCAAGUCUUGUGAGCGAUGAUGAUGACUAUGAAGCGGCCUCUGACUCUGACAGUCCCGGGCCUUGUUCAUCUGAUGCAGAGAACGGGGACGAUUUUAGUCUCAUUGACGUGGAGGACGACGAGACAACUGGUUCAACCAACAAUAGCGAUUCGAACCCCAAGGCGGACGUGGGAAUAGGUAGUGCUGCCAAGCCUUUGAAGCAUGGCAGCAUGAGGAAGAAAGGGCAAUACCCGAUUUCGUCCUCAGUGGUCCCGCUGAGUCGGGGCAAAGACGAGAAACGGGUGAGCUUUGUCAGCCCACAUUCAAGCCCGCAACAGGGCGAUGCCAAGAAAGAUAGCAGGCGAUCUCCUGAGCGAUAA